UCGCUCCCGGGCGCUCAGGCUCGCGCGCUCCUUCCUCCCGGCCCGCGAGCCCGCCGCCGCUGCCGUCCCGGCCCCUGGGAAACGCAGUCCACCAUGUCUUCGCCUCCCGAAGGGAAGCUAGAGACCAAAGCUGGACACCCGCCCGCCGUGAAAGCUGGUGGAAUGCGAAUUGUGCAGAAACACCCACAUUCUGGAGACACCAAAGAAGAGAAAGACAAAGAUGACCAAGAAUGGGAAAGCCCCAGUCCGCCCAAACCGACCGUGUUCAUCUCUGGUGUUAUCGCCCGGGGCGACAAGGACUUCCCCCCAGCGGCCGCCCAGGUGGCUCACCAGAAGCCCCACGCCUCCAUAGACAAGCAUUCGUCCCCAAGAACCCAGCACAUCCAGCAGCCUCGCAAGUGACCCGCGAGGACCCAGCACCCUCACCAGCCGUGCCUCGGUUCCCCAACCUUUGGUAUUUCCCCAGUAAAGAGAACUGGCUUUGUCUUCAGAAUCCUGCUCCACUGGGAAGUCUAAGACAAAGCAAAGCACCCCUUCCUUUGCCUUAAAUUUCCAUAUCUAAAACUAGAAACUGAUCAGACCCCAAACCUUAUUUCCUGGGAGUCCUGGCUGGUGUCGUUUGAGGAUCAUUGUGCCCCAAAAGUGCCAUUAGCAGAACUGGCCACGCCCUGAGUAAAAUGAAGUUGUUCAAAGUUUAGCUUUAGUACCAUUUCAGCCAUCACCCAAGUCUCUACCUGUGGUCUUAAAACCCAGAGGGCACAAAUAUGGGAAGAUGAGAUUAGGGUGGGGGAAAGGCUCAAUCAUUUCAUGCUUUUUAGUAACAGGACAAUAAAAUCUUAACACCUGGGGGGAGUAAGAAGUGAGGGUGCUAAUUACAGUGGCAGGUUCAAAAGGCAGCGCAGGGGAGACUUGAAACAGACAGCAACACUCAAUUUCCCUCCUGGUGUGACGAGGGACCGCCGUCCAGGGCGACACCAGCACUCCCAGGAGAGCCGAAGGAAAGCUGCAUCUCUGAAACGGCUCUUCUGCUCCAGGAGUCAUCUUGCUGAAAAAGUAAAAUGUAGGUAGUUUGCCCGAAGGGAGUACUUCCUGAAUGAGCUCUCUCAGUGUGGGUCCCAAGCCCCACCCUGCCUCACCAUCCAGACAGGCUCCACCAGGAAAACUGAGGCCAGCCUGCAUUUUUUCAGUAAUCACCGCUAGAGCUGCCUUUGAGUUCUAGAAGUGAUCACUGACCAGGUGGAGGGAUAGACUUAUAGCUAAUUCAGGAACACCAGAGCAAGAGCAUUGAAUGCGUGGAGAGACCAGAUGAAAAUCUGCCCUUUGUCUCCCUGGGGAAAGGUAGAAACACCACAUUCCAUUUGAGCUAAGAAAACCUGUUUGUCAAUCAGUCAAACUGUCCAGCAUUCCUCUGCCCCAGAGCAUAUUUGCCUGGGCCCGUCAGGCCCAUGUCCACUCGGGCACGUCAGAUUGUCCUCCACUUUCUGCACACGCUUCCUGCCCAGAGGCGCCCUAGGCUGCUCGCUGGCUCACGCUGUAAAGUACCUGCUUUUCUGAAGAGCCAGAGGGCUCGUGGACUCAGAUGUUAAAAUCUUCCAGAGCAGAUGCUUUUGGAGAGGACGUGCCCCGACCGUCCUGCUUGCUGUAGUGACAUUAGCUGCAGGUCAGUGGUGGUGCUGGGAGCAGCAUGUCCACCACCAGCCUUUCUGAUGCCGUUAUCAGAUGCCCGUCUGCCCACUGGUAAGAGUGAUGCAGACCUAGGCAGACCCACCCCUGGCCCUUCCCUAAGGGAGAAACACCACGCUGCUUCGCAUUCUAAAGGCAACAUUUGGUUUCCAUCUCACUGACUUGCAGAAGCCAGGGUCUAACCCGCAAGGCACCAUGUUGUCACAUGUUCUUAAUCUCUGAGAUGUUGGUAUAAACUGAGACUGGCUUUUGGCGAUGCAGGCUGGGUGGGCAGUGCUGCCGUGGGUCCACUGAGCAAGCAGCUUCCUCCCGGCCCGCCUCCUGGAGCUGGCAUCUAGGAAGGGACGCUCAGAGCAGGCAGCUCUAUGGCAGGCCGGUGCAGACCAUUGCCCCCUCCACUACAGAAAUUGAGAUGCAUCCUUGAUACUUUCUAGUUCUGCAGCCAGGGGCGCCGUACUGUUUCCCAAGGUGCAUUUUUCAUGUACUUUUAGCUACGUCUGGCCUGUAUCUGUGGGCUUUAGCUCAUUGGAAGCAAAAUGUUUUUCUGAAUGAGUUGAUCAAUUGUUAACUUCAAAAGUAAUAAUGAUUAUAAUAAAGCUCCUGCAUUUCUUCUCA